AGCACUGGCGCCGGUUAGUCGUAAGUGAAUAAAAGUUCAAUUGCAAGCAGUUUCAUUUUGCAACAAAAAGAAUAUUAUUUUGAUAUAUUAAGUAAUAUAAAUUUAAAACAUUUUUGUUAAAAUUAAAAUUUGAAAUUAAAAAUGGCCAAAUCGGACGCAAGCUGUAGACACAUUUUCUUCGUAUCUCGCAUUUCCUCAGUGUCCGUUGCUCUACAGUAAUUAGAAAAUUGAAUUGAAAAUUUUAUGAAUUUAAUUGCAUCAAUUGACAAUGUCCAAACUAAUAACAGUUUGUUUACUGUUGGCUCUAGUAACACGGAUUAGUGCAGCUCCUAAGCCGUUCAGUUGUAUAAGUUUCCAGGAGAAUGAUGAAGAUGAUUACGUUGAUUUCAGUAUGAAUGAUACAUCUGAGUUUGAGGAUGUGCAGCAUUCUGAUCGCCACCUCAGAACAUGCAUGAUUGACUACACAUUUUGCUUUGCUCUUUGGCGUCAGACAUCAAACGGGACGGUCAUUGAAAAGCAAGGUUGCUGGAAAGAUAGAACUGAAAGAAAUGCUACGUGCUAUCAAAGCGAAUGUACAAGCUCUGCACCAACAUUUCGUAAUAAUUCCCUAUAUUAUUGCUGUUGUUCGGGUAAUGCUUGCAAUGAAAGAGUGGCUAUUGUGGAACCAACACCUUUACAGCUUUCUAAAGAAAUCCUGCCUGAGGCCUCAAAUCUUUCCAGUGACACAACACAACAUACAACAAGUUGGAUUACUAUUUUAAUAUAUGUUAUGUUGCUAGCUUUCUGUAUUAUAAGCAUAGUUAUAGCGUUGGCAUAUCUUCGUAAUAUAAAAGAAAAGCCGACACCAGAAGAAGCUCCAUUAGCGCCCACUGGGCCUGGUUACAGUUCAAAUUUACGAAAUGUUGAUAAUAUCAAUUUAAUAUGUAUGCUUGGCAGCGGAAAAUAUGGAACGGUUAUGAAAGGUUUACUACAUGAUAAAGAAGUCGCUGUAAAGAUAUUUCCUGAGGCUCAUCGACAGUACUACAUAAAUGAACGGAAUAUUUAUUCACUACCUAUGAUGGACUCACCAGCCUUAUUGCAAUAUUUCGGUUAUGAUGAACGACAUACCAUUGACGGACAAAUAGAGUAUCAACUUGUAUUAUCUUUAGCGCCCUUAGGUUGCUUGCAUGAUUGGUUAAUUGCCAAUUCGAUGGAUUUUCAAACGUUUUGCGGCAUGGUUAAAUCCAUAACACGUGGACUUUCACAUUUACAUACGGAAAUCAUACGAGGAGAGGAAUUGAAACCUUGUGUUGCUCAUAGGGAUUUGAAUUCGCGGAAUGUACUUAUUAAAGCUGAUAAAAGUUGUUGUAUAGCUGAUUUCGGUUUUGCCUUGAAAGUAUUUGGUGCGAAAUACGAAUAUAAAGGUGAAGUAGCUAUGGCAGAGACAAAAAGUAUAAACGAAGUGGGAACUCUUCGCUAUAUGGCACCUGAAUUGUUAGAAGGUGCUGUAAAUUUGCGUGAUUGUGAAACUUCACUUAAACAAAUGGAUGUGUAUGCUUUGGGCUUGGUAUUAUGGGAAGUUGCUACACGUUGUGCAGAUUUUUAUGCACUAGGUCAAAAUACGCCACCAUAUAAAGCACCUUAUGAAGCAGAAGUAGGCUCACAUCCGACAUUUGAUCAAAUGCAGACACUUGUUGUACGCCAUAAGGCAAGACCAUUAUUCCCAGCUGGGUGGGGUGGUGGCACUGCAGCAAAACUUGUGAGAGAUACGUGUGAAGACUGCUGGGAUCAUGAUGCUGAAGCACGUUUAACAUCACUCUGUGCUGAAGAACGUAUGCAAGAGGUUGCAGGUUUAUGUCCUAAAUUGCAACCGCAUGCACCAACUGCAAGCCCGCUCUUAAACACAAAUAAUUUAGUCGGUGAAAAUAGUGAAGAAACACAAAGAAAUGUAAUAAAUGAUGAAAUCAAUCAUACUGAAACUACGUCUAUGUUGAAUCCACCACCAAAUCAACAAAUUUUACCACGCAUUCCAAGUGUUGGUAAUGAUGUAAUUAACUUCAAUAAUUCGUCUACAAGCCAUACGGAGAAAAAUCAUUUCAUGUAUACUCAACAACCGUUACAACCAUAUCAAGGACGUAAUCCAUGUCUUGAACGAAAUCUGGCGCCAGUUGUAUCACGUCCACAACAAAUUUUUGUUGAAAAAAGUAAGAAACAUAGUUUUCAAACUGGUGAUGAAAAUAGUUUUUCAUGUCUCGAAGAUGAUGUAUCUGUUGAAGAACUAAUAUCUAAUAGUAGAGCUCCAAAAUUUUGCACUCUGCCGCAAGAUAUGACUAAUAUGGGUCAAGGAUUUCCCAAACAACAAAAUACAGACAAAAAAUUGCGUGGAUGGCAUAGCAUAAGAGCGGUUAUACAAAAGAAAUUGUUUAGAAAAGAACAAAGUAGUGAUAUGUUCCGACAGUUGAACUAUGGUGACGAAAAAUCAAAUUUAGUAGAUAAUCGUUUUGCUGCAGUAGUAAAUGGUUUAGAUAAAACCCCACAAGUAAAACAAGCAACUGUAAGUUUUAUAGAUGAUAGACAAACUCCAAAAGGUGUGGCUGUAGCAAAAACUACAACACUAGACUCUUACUAUCCACAUCAUAAACGACCGAAUAAUUUGGAUCUAAGCCCUAUAGGUGCAAUGGGUGGUGCACAAUUUAUAUCAGAAUGCAAUAAAUCAAAUCUUAUACAUACAAUAGCCGAAGAAGAUAAUGGAAAUCCUAGUUUAAGGCCCAUUUUGCAGAGCUUAGAAACUCGUACUAGCACUCCGGCGCAUAUAGUACCACGUUCUCUCUCUACUAGUUUAAUUAAGAAUCAAAGUAACAAUAACAUUACAACAACUGAAUUGAAUUUAGUGGCUCCAGAGUGUUCAGUAAGUGGAGUUGUUCAUUCAAGACCAAUGGGAGAACGACAGUUCAAACGACAACGUAGUCUUGAAGUAUUUAAAGAGGUGUUUAGCGGACGAGGUAGCACAGACAGGCUACGUGAUCCAAGUCAACGUGUAAAAACACCAGGUGAUGUGCCGCCAUCAGUACGUAAAAUACGUGCAUCAAAGACAUUGUCGUUGUAUGAUGAUCGCAUGAUGGAUUCAUCUACAUUAAAUAUACUAUAACAUGAAGAAGUUCUGCUCCUAGAAUUAUAAACAAAGCAACUUUAUAAUAUAGAGCAGAACGUUUGAUAAAUUUUUACUUAAAAAAUAUAAUUUAAAUAAUUUAUGAUUUACAACUCAGAUGAGCAUAUCGUGGUCAGAGUUUAUUUAAAU